UGCACUGCAAGGGCCAGGAAGCGAGCGAGGAAGAUCAUCUCUGACCCCUCUCACCCUGGCCACAAACUCUUUGAAGCACUUCCCUCUGGGAGGUGACUCCGGACUGUCAAAGCCGCCACAGCCAGACAUAAAAAUAGCUUUUUUUCCACGAGCAGUAGCUCUGCUCAACAGCCAAAGGGAAUACUGUAAGUAACCUGAUUAUGAUCCUACCUCCUAUCUAUGGCGCGAUCCAGACUGUAAAAGAUGGCCUUGAAACACGUUAUUUGGCUGCAUUUUUGGGACUUGCAGCCGUGGGAAUAGGGUCAUGGUGUUUCCACAUGACACUGAAAUAUGAAAUGCAGUUGUUAGAUGAACUUCCCAUGAUCUACAGCUGCUGUAUAUUUGUCUACUGCCUGUACGAAUGCUUCAAACACAAGAACACACGCAACUACCUUCUAGCUUUUAUUCUGGCACUAUUCAGUGGGCUAGUGACCAUAGUAUAUCUCCAGUGGAAGGAGCCAGUGUUUCACCAGGUUAUGUAUGGUUUUCUAGUUGGCUGUCUAGUACUACGAUCAAUAUAUAUUGUCACAUGGGUGUACCCGUGGCUGAGGCCUCUUGCCUACACAUCUCUAGGUGUAUUCCUGAUGGGCUUUAUUCUCUGGAAUGUGGACAACAUCUUAUGUGAUAAUUUAAGGACCAUCAGGCAAAAGUUACCAUUACAUCUCCUUGGUGCCAUGACACAGUUUCAUGCGUGGUGGCACAUUCUAACAGGCCUAGGCUCUUACCUGCACAUUCUCUUCAGUAUGUACACAAGAACUUUAUACUUGAAAUACAGGCCUAAAGUGAAGUUUUUACUGGGCGUCUGGCCUGUAAUUUGGGUGGAGACGUCUAUGAAGAAACAAUAAAGAAAUUGAAAGUCAGACUCACUCCUGGGGAAGAUAAGGUGCACCUCGGGCCUGGGAAGCGACGUGUCGGGUUCUGCAGAGUUGGUGUCUGUGAGCGAAAGACUUCAACAGAAUCAUGAAUCAACAAGAAACCGAGAGAUAUUUCCGAUCAUGCGAGUUUGUUUGCAUUUUAUUUUUGUAAAGCACUGUCAGGUGCGGUGGAUCUAAAUGGGAAGUUAUUAUGUAAAAUGCAUAAGCAAGGGAUAUUGCAGCUUGUGUUAUGAUUGCUAGGUUGUUUUAGUAGCACCCCAGAUAAUAGUUAACUAAACCUUGAGAGCAGCUAACGUUCAUGGACUUUGCAUAUGCGGCCAAAAUAUUGAACAAAUAUUGGAAACUAGUUGUUUAAAAAAAAAAAAACUUUGAGUCUGGUUUUAAAUGUCAUCUCCUACAGACUGUAUCCAUGGACCCUCGACACAAGAGGGGAAUGCAAGUGCGAGCAGUGAACAAGCGGCGGAGCUGUAUCGGGGUAGGUUGGCAGGUCUUCGUGUUGGGAGCAGAGGGGACAUAAAUGACAGAGGAUGAAACCCCACGCCCCUCCCCUCAUUUCGUUGCUUGCCUUCCGCUCUUGCCACUGCUCAUCUCCGGCACAUUGCCGACUGUAUUAUGAGACACACUCUAAAGACGUAGGUUAAUUGGCUUGGUACAAUUGUAAAAUGGCCCCAGUAUGUGUGUGUGUGUGUGUGUAGGAUGGCGUUAGCGUGCGGGGAAUCGCUGGUUGGCGCCGACUCGCUGUCGCACUAAACUAAGCUAAGCUAAAGUUUUGGAAAGGAUUAGGGGUUGUGUGGUGGGGGUUGGGGAAGAGAAUGGUGGAGGGGGGUAGUGGUGUGCCAAGGAAAAAAAUACCAGGCCCACACAGCAUGAGUGGAUAGCCUCUGCAUUACUGUGUUAAAGCCCUGGACAACUGUACGAGUUCAUUCCAAGAGCUCUCCCAAGUUUUAAAAAAAUCAAACUCGUGGUAAGCACGGAGAAUGAACGUAGCGGGUACAUCGGAGCUCGGGGACGUCUCUUAGCGGCUCGUAUCGCUAACGGCAGGUACUCGGGUAGACUCGCUUACGGCAGGUAAGCACGGGAAGACUGGUGAAGAUUUUUCAACAUGUUGAUAAAUGUCCACGAGAGCCCCGAGUACCGACGAGCGGCCAUUACCGUAAAUCUCCGAGUUCGAAUCAGGGCAAACUCGGGAGAGCUCUUGGAAUGAACUCGUACAGUGGGACAGGGCUUUAAGAAUGAACUGCAGAUGUUGGUUAAAAUCGAAGGUAGACACAUAAAGCUAGAGUAACUCAGUGGGACAGGCAGCAUCUCUGGAGAGAAGGAAUGGGUGACGUUCCGGGUCGAGACCCUUAAGACUCUCCGGAGAUGCUGCCUGUCGCGCUGAGUUACUCCAGCUUUUUGUGUCUACCUCCUCUGCAUUACUGUCACAUUGUCACUGACUGUUGCAGCAGCAAGGAUCUAGGACAAGAGGUGUAGACAUGUCAGGUUUUUGUAUAAUCUGUUUGUGCUGGUCACCAAAACUGGUGAACCACUGAGUGUGAGUGUGUGUGUGUGUGUGGGAGAGAGGGAGGGACCGGAGGAAGGGGGUCUUAUUUAAACUACACGUCCAUACGCUUUCAGUAGUCCUCAUUGUAGUUUUAAAUCCUGAACGAGGGGCCUGCGGAUGGACACAAAAGGCUGGAGUAACUCGGCAGGUCAGGCAGCAUCUCUGGAGAAAAGGAAUGGGUGACGUUUCAAGUCGUGACGCUUCUCCGUACACGAAACGUCACCUCUUCUGUUUCUCCAGAGACGCUGCACAUCCCGCUGAGUUACUCCAGAGGUUUGUGUCCAUCUUCGGUGUAAACCAACCUUCCUACAGAUCAGAAGGGGGAAACUCAGUGGGUGAAGCAGCAUCCAUGGAGCGAAGGUAUAGGUGACGUUUCGGGUCGGGACCCUUCUUCACACUUGGUCUUCACUACUCAAACUUCAGACUUCAAUUCAGUCUGAAGUAGGGCCCCUGACCCGAAACGUCACCCAUCCUUUUCCUCCAGAGAAGUACAUGACUUAUAGGAGCACAAUUAGGCCAUUUGGCCCAUCAGGUGAACUCCUCCAUUGAAUCAUGGCUGAACUAUGAUGCUGCCUGUCCCGCUGAGUUACUCCAGCACUUCGUGUCUGUGAAAGAUUUUUAUAUUGUCUAGAUCUAUCUUUACCUCCUAACCCCAUUCUCUUGCCUUCUCCCCAUAACCCCUGACACCCACACUAAUCAACAAUCUAUCCAUCUCCUGCCUUGAAAAUAUCAAUUGACGACCUCCACAGCCUUCUGUGGCAAAGAAUUCCACAGAUUCACCACCCCCUGACUAUAGAAAUUCCUCCUCAUCUCUGUUCUAAAGAACGUCCUUUAAUUCUGAAGCUACUGUACGAUCUCUGAUCUCAGACUCCCCCACUAGUGGAAAUGUCCUCUCCACGUCCACUCUAUCCAACCCUCCAACCUCUGUUUGAUUCCAAAGGGCCCAAGUCUUCAGGCGGAGUAACCAAGGAUGGUCCACACUCCAAGACACCAGAUCUCAUCUCCCUUAAAUAAGUAAGCUCCCCCUACCCCCUCCACCCCUGCCAGCUCCCGCCAUUCCAGCCAAGAUCAAUCUCCGUAGCCAAAGAUGCUGCAAGGAUGUUUGAUUAAACGUAGGAACCCUUAGCGUCCGAUCCUUCAUCGAACCUCUCACUGCCACAGUGCCAAUGAGCCUAUUUUGGCUUUUGGAACAACGUCCCCAAAUGUUUUAUUGUGUGCAUGAUUAUUUGGGAUAUUUAUGAGUUACUACAGUGCUUUGUGUCCAUCUUCAGUGCAAACCAACAUCUGCAGUUCCCUGUGUAAGAAAGAACUGCAGAUGCUGGUUUAAAUCGAAGGCAGAUAGACACAAAAUGCUGGAGUAAGUCAGCGGGUGAAGCAGCGAAGUGAAGAAAUGGGUGAAGGAAACUUUGCCCAUUCCUUCUCUCAAGAGAUGCUAUCUCACCUGUUAGUUACUCCAGCAUUUUGUGUCUACCUGCAGUUCCUUCCUACUCACGAAUAUUUUGUUAAGCGUAUUUCUUGGUUGUGAAGGAUUACAAUGUCUUUCUUUUUUUAAAUAGCCAGAGUGAACAAAAAGUUAAGAUCUCAAAUGAAUAAUUAGUGUCUGGUUAUUGGAGCUGGGGUAAUAUUGUGACCCUCUGAUCGUGUGAAUGAAAUAACACUCCUUUCUACUCCCUGAGGGCUUAUUGCUGCUGGAUCUUGCUCCCAGCUGAAGACCACAAACCUCCCAAGUUGCGUGAUUCCACAGGUUUGAACCCUUCCCGUCACUUUGGUAUUGGUUUUCUCCUGUUUGAUCUGACCAUUCCAAGGGCCUUCAGUCUGCACUGAGACUUACUGGUGGCACAGCGGUAGAGUUGCUGCCAUACAGCACUUGUGGUGCCAGAGACCCGGGUUCAAUCCUGACCACGGGUGCUGGUCCGCACGGAUUUUGCACGCUCUACCCCCAUGACCCGCGCUUCUCGUUUUCUCCGAGAUCUUCGGUUUCCUCCCACACUCCAAAGACGUGCAGGCUUGUAGGUUAAUUGUCCCUAGUGUGUGUAUGUAAGGUGGUGUUAAUGGGCGGGGAUGAUUAGCGUGUGGGGAUGCGGUGGGCCCAAUGACACUGUAUCUCUAUCCUAAAUCAUUUGUAGCCUGAAUGGUGUCCGCACCGAUUGGUGAGGAGCCGAUUAUUCUACAGCUGGGUCUACACCAGUCUAUUCUCAACAUGUGCCUACAUUGCACUGGUCUGUACUGUGUGUGUAAUGUCGUAUAUAUGGGGGGGGGAGGGGGGAGAGAUUACUAGAGCACCUCAUGAUCAACUCACACAUCGACCACAUUUUCCGUGUAAUAAUGUGAUUUCCAUGUGCGCAUUUAUCAGGUGUGUGACCAUUGAAUGCUGUUCAAUGUUACACAUUGCAACGAUGACUGUGGGAAGGCAAAGGCAGUACACAGUACACAUGCUGGUAACCAAUAACAUCAUCAGUGUUAUCCAUCAAUGACAGCUUCCGAUAUUGAACCAGAGAUUAUUUGGAAUUAUGCUGUAAUAAUUGUAACUAACUUUUGUGAAAAAUUAAAAGUCAAUGAAAGAA